GUUUCGCAGUUCCUCCCAUAUUCUGCCUCCGAGAUCUGGGGCUGGCUGUAGGCCCCUGUGCUGUUUGAGGCGUGAAACUCACCUGAGGAAAUGCAUCUGAUCCGUUAGCAUGGAUUCAUAUUAUUUGGGGAUGGAGAAUCUUCAGCUGUGUUAAGUGUUACCUUCAGUUUCUGAGAUGACUUCUUUGCCAAGGAAGGGGCUGCAGGCAAGGGUUCUCAGCUCUGAAGAAGAGGAGAAACUGAAAAGAGACCAAACUUUGGUGUCUGAUUUUAAACAGCACAAAUUGGAACAAGAGGCUCAGAAAAACUGGGAUCUUUUUUACAAAAGAAAUAGCACUAAUUUCUUCAAAGACAGACACUGGACCACCAGAGAGUUUGAGGAGCUAAGAUCAUGUAGAGAGUUUGAAGAUCAAAAGUUAACAAUACUUGAAGCUGGCUGUGGGGUUGGAAACUGUUUAUUCCCACUUUUAGAAGAAGAUCCGAAUAUCUUUGCCUAUGCCUGUGAUUUUUCUCCAAGAGCGGUUGAAUAUGUUAAGCAAAAUCCUUUAUAUGACACAGAAAGAUGCAAGGUAUUCCAGUGUGAUCUGACCAAAGAUGAUCUUCUGGAUCACGUACCACCAGGGUCUGUGGAUGUUGUUAUGUUGAUAUUUGUGCUCUCAGCUGUUCAUCCUGAGAAGAUGCACCUUGUCUUAGAAAACAUUUACAAGGUAUUAAAACCAGGCAAAAGUGUCUUGUUUCGUGACUACGGGCUGUAUGAUCAUGCCAUGCUUAGGUUUAAAGCUGGCAGCAAACUUGGAGAAAACUUUUAUGUUAGACAAGAUGGGACCAGAUCAUAUUUUUUUACUGAUGAAUUCCUGGCUCAGCUCUUUAUGGACACAGGUUAUGAAGAAGUGGUAAACGAGUAUGUGUUUCGAGAGACGGUGAAUAAAAAAGAAGGCCUGUGUGUGCCGAGAGUUUUCCUUCAGAGCAAAUUUCUAAAGCCUCUUAAGAACCCAUCUCCUGUGAUCCUGGGCCUGGAUCAUAAGUCCUGACCUUUCAUGAGAUUGGCAUUCAUACCUCCCCUUGAAGAGGAUAAUUUAAAAUCACUCUUUUGCCUGGGCGUGGUGGCUCAUGCCUGUAAUCCCAGCACUUCAGGAGGCCAAGGUUGGGGGAUCACCUAAGGUCAGGAGUUCGAGACCAGCCUGACCAACAUAGUGAAACCCCGUCUCUACUAAAAAUACAAAAAAAUUAGCUGGGCAUGGUGGCGGGUGCCUGUAAUCCCAGCUACUCAGGAGGCUGAGGCAGGAGAAUCACUUGAACCUAAGAGGCGGAAGUUUGCAGUGAGCCGAGAUCAUGCCAUCGCACUCCAUGGGCAACAAGAGUGAGACCAUGUUUCAUAAAUAAAUAAAAUCACUCUUUUUACUUUAUAUAUUUUUUGAGGCAGGAUCUUGUGGUACGCAGGUUGGAGUGCAGUGGUGUGAUCACAGCUGAUUGUAGCCUCCACGCCCCUGGGCUUAAGCAAUCUUCCUGCCUCAGCCUCCUGAGUAGCUAGGACUACAGAUGUGAGCCAUCAUGCCUGGCCCUUAAUUUUUUUUGAUGGGCAUAUAGAGUAGUACCUCUUUAUCAUGGUUUCAUUUGCCACAAUUUCAAUUACCUGUUUUCAACUGCAGUCAGUUACUUUUCUUAAGAUAUUUUGAAAAUAUAUAUUUUUAUUUGGGAGGCCGAGGCCAGCAGAUCCCUUGAGACCAGGAGUUCAAGACCAGUGUGGGCAACAUGGUGAAACCCUGUCUCUACAGAAAUACAAAAAUUAGCCAGGUGUGGUGGCAUGUGCCUGUAGUCCCAGCUGGGGUGGGAGGUUGGCUUGAGCCUGGAAGGCGGAGGUUGCAGUAAGUUGAGAUCACGCUACUGCAACUCCAGCCCGGGCGACAGAGCAAAAGUCUGUCUCAAAAAAAAAAAAAAAUUGGAAAGACAGAUCACAUUCACAUAACUUUUAUUACAGUAUAUUGUUAAAAUUGUUCUUUUUUUUUAGGGUUUGGUACCAUCUUAGUUUCAGGCAACCACUGGGGGUCUUGAAACAUACCACCCGCAGAAAAGGGGGGGACUACUAUGUACUUUUUGUGUUAAAAAAUAGAAAGUGUAUGUGUGUGAGAGACAUGUAAAUAAAACUUCAAGGCCUGAAAAGUAGUGAAAGUUUUAUAGAAUAACAUAGUUUAGCCAUAUUGUUCACUGUAAAAUUCCGCAAAGAAAAGCCUAAGGACCCUGUAGCACGUAAAGAGAUUCUUGUCAUUACUCAUGUGACUGUAGUGUUCCUCCAGGCAACAUGUCAGACAACCAUGGAGUAAAAAUGAGGCCAAGUAGACUAAAAUAAGACCCUCAUAUGUAUUUCUAGCCUAAAGGAUUGUUCUGUUUUC